ACCUUUAUUUUCAUUUGUUAAGUAAUAAAUCUAAAUAAAUAAAUUUAUUUCUAUGUAUCACAACUGUUGAAACCGAUACAAAUCGGUCAAUUAAUUGCAUUUAUACAUUAUUGUGUUGCAUAAUAGCUAUUAACAAGACUAAUGAAUUCCUCUAUAAGAUUAGCGCAGUUGCAGAACUCGUUAAGCAGCCUUCUGUCACCAGCAUUAGCCUCACAAAUACAUACAUCAACACCAUUAUGCCGAGUUGUGUCAGGAAAAUAUCGCAUAACCAAGAAAAGAGACAGGCCGCUUACGUACGAAAUGGCUAACCCCCCACACUAUAUAGCUCAUCGGAAGUCGUGGAAUUCUUGGAAUACAUCUAGUUUAAAGGAUGGGCUUAGAAGAUCUGAGACAGCUGUAGAAGAUGAAUUCAUUCGAAGAUUCAUGACUGGCACAUGGCAUGGUCUUGUUUGUAGUGAAGUAAUAAUAAAACGACAGUUUAAUCAUAUACGGGUGGCAGCAAUCAUACGAAGAGCUGUGUCUCCAACGAAAAUGUAUUUCCUACUUGGCUACACUGAGGAGCUGCUAGCCAACUGGCUUCAAUGUCCGGUGACACUUGAGAUACAAACUGUCGAAAGCUUCAAGGAUGUUGUCUUUAAAUAUAUUUAAUUAAUUAGUAAUUUUGUAGUGUAUAUGUAAAUAGAUAGU